AUGACGCUUCAGGUCGGAGGCGAUGUCACUGAGCACUCGCAAGCUUCGAGAUCGGCUCUUUUCAAUGCGCUGGUGGAGGCGCUGAAGAGGGAUCGGAAGGUCACACUGCGGCCAGUGGGAGCAGCCAUUGUGGAGAAACCCGUCACAAAGAAAAAGGUGCCUCACACCAUGACGGUGGCAGAACUCAAGAGACUGGCGCAUCUCCUCUUCAAGCAGGUCCCAUUGGACCGCUUGACGCUCACUUUGGCGGAUGAUGGCUUGCCAUUUGGGGUUCCCCUGGACGACGAAGUGAGGGAGCUGGGCUUCUUUGGUAUUGGAGAUGGAGCAGAGAUUCGUGUGGACGACACCGCGGACAUACCAUGCAAAGCGUAA